CAUGGCAGUGCUUGGGGAGCUACGCAAAGCAAUUUUUUUCGUAAAACAUUCGAUAUUUACUGUGUUUUCUCAAAAUUCUGGUGCAUUUGUGUUUAAUAAUUCAUAAAAUGUGUUUUAAGAAUAUUCAAAUAUAAUUUAUCAUGUGUUUCACUAAUGUUAGAGUAUUAUAUGCAAUUGUUAAUCUUGGCGGUAACAACACCAAGUAUUCCAACAAAAAUAACAGGCUUAUAGGAGACUUAUUUGUUAACAUUUAUACAUAUUAAUUGAAUACAUUAAAACUUAUUAUAGUUUAUUUAAAGUACACAAGAUUUAAAAUUUUACUACAAGAUUCAAUAUAAUAAUCACCGCUAUGAACGAUGUUCGGGACAAAGUUGUUGCUGGUUCCUCUUCAUGGGAAAAUACGACAGGACAAAGUGAUUCGUCACCGGAGCUACAAUCUUCACCUAGCGGAAGUGGAGAUACACCACAAACGCCUGGGGUACCGGCACCUCUUGCACCUCAUCUUGCAGCAGACCUACAUCCUGAUCUUAUUCAACAAGGUUGGCGAAAAUAUUGGUCUAAGAGGGAGAAUCGACCAUAUUUUUGGAAUAAAAUAUCAGGAGAAUCUAUGUGGGAAUUACCAGCCGUUAAAAGAGACUUUGAUCCAAUAACAGAUCCUUUAGGCAUUUGUCACACAGGACCUCCUAAUGCUGGUAACAUGACACCAAGUGCAAAUAAACGACGACCUUCAGAAGAUAAUGGUCCUCCACCCAAAAAGUUUGUCCUAGCUGGUCCUUGGGACAUUGAAGUGCCAACAAAUGUUGUGAUAUAUGAACGUCCGCCUACUAUUUGUCCACAUCCUCAUCCAGAGAUAGAGGGUUUCAGGUUUACAUUAGCAAAUAAAUUGCGACAAUGUUAUCAAGAACUCUGUCACACUAGGGAAAGUAUAGAUGCCCCUAAAGAUUCAUUUAACAGAUGGUUGAUGGAAAGGAAAGUGAAUGACCAGGGUGGGUCAGAUCCAUUACUUCCCAGUCACUGCUUUCCAGAGAUCUCAAGGUCCAUGUACGAGGAAAUUAUGAAUGAUAUACCCAUAAAGUUAACUCAUCCAAAGUUUACGGGAGAUGCAAGAAAACAGUUGUCUCGGUAUGCAGAGGCAGCUAAAAAGAUGAUAGAAUCAAGAAAUGCAUCUCCUGAAAGCCGCAAAGUUGUGAAAUGGAAUGCAGAGGACACAUUCCAAUGGCUUCGGAGAACUGUUGGUGCCACUUAUGAUGAUUUUCAAGACCGCUUGGCACAUUUGAGGAGACAAUGUCAACCACACUUAGCAGAAACAGCUAAGGCUUCUGUAGAGGGCAUAUGUUUAAAAAUAUACCAUUUAUCAGCUGAAUAUGCAAGAAAAAUUAGAGAAAAACAUAGCAUUCUCUUAAAAGAAAAUGGCAUUCAGGAGAUGCCGGCGCCACUCCAACAAGCCGCACUCCGUAAGGUGUGGUGUUACCCGGUGCAGUUCGCGCUGCCGGCUCCACGACCGCCUCUCGUAGAACACUUCCUAGAUCGCGAUCAAGUUCUAUUACGAUAUCUAGGAGAAACACAAGUUUUAAACGCUGCGUAUUUACAAAAAUUGGAGCACCUCUACCGGUACAGCUGCUUCGACGACAAGAAGUUCGAGCAGUUCCUGUCGCGCGUGUGGUGCCUGCUGCGGCGGUACGCGGCGUGGGUGGGCGCGGGCGGCGACGCGCAGCUCACGCAGAUGGCGGCGCCGGUGCCCGUGCUCGAGUGCCUGCAGCGGUGCUUCGGCGUCACCUUUGAGUGCUUCGCGAGCCCGCUAGACUGUUACUUCCGGCAGUACUGCUCCGCGUUCGCUGACACCGAUUCGUACUUUGGGUCCAGGGGGCCGUUUCUGGAGCUGAGGCCGGUGUCCGGUUCGCUGGUGGCGCACCCGCCGUACUGCGAGGAGCUGCUGGAGGCGGCGCUACGGCAUAUGGAGCGGUUGCUGCAGGAGUCGGCCGAGCCGCUCAGCUUCGUGGUGCUGCUGCCCGAGUGGCCCGACCGCAGCACGCACGCGCUGCACAAGCUGCAGGCCAGCCACUUCAAGCGGAAACAGGUCGUGAUUCCGGCAUUUGAACACGAAUAUCGACAUGGUUUUCAACAUGUGCUUCCAAAGAACGAGGUGUACUUCAGGUGGGGCGGGGGGACGGUGGUGGUGUGGCUGCAAAACGCGGCGGGGUUCGCCCGCUGGGGGCCCACGGAGGAGCGCGUUGAGGCGUUGCUGGACGCGUGGCGGCCGCGCGCCAAACUACGCUCGCCGGAAGCCGUCGCCACUCCCGCCAACACGGAACCGGAAGCCGCCAUGACACCACAGACACCGACCACCGAGAAACGAUCGUAAAAUUGCCAAUCUUCGUAGUGAUUUCCGCCCAAAUUUUUACCUUGCGUGCGUGGUUUGCUGAUGAAAUUAGUGGUUUUAGGUAAAUGUGAUUACAUUAAUCUCAAAUCACUCGUAUUUCAUAUUAAAUAAUUUAUAGUGGUAGCAAUACAAGCGGUCUCUGAAGGUAGUUCACGCUCACGUUGGUAAUUACACUCCUCUGUGACUAUACUAUUUCAAAAUGAUCUUAGAUCACCGCGCGGUGCUGGUACGGAUUACAUUUGAAACGAAUGGCGAUAUCGAUGUUAUUGGAGUUUUACUACUUUUUAAAGUAAAAUUUUUUGUUGACUGUGAUAACUUUGAACUUUUUUUUGUAUCUAACCAAGAUUAAAUCUUUAAAUUUUGCUGGAAAUUAAUAAAUGAAAAAUAUAUUAAAUUUAUACAAACUCAUUGAUAUCUCUAUUAGUUUCAAUUUCUCAAUAGUAUAAUUUUGUUAAGAUGAGAUUUAAAUGAUGUUUGAUUGACAAAUGCUACUACAGGGCCUCUACGCAUUUAAAUAUUACUAAAAAGUAACUGGCCGCUAUUGCAAAAUAUAUAUUUUUCUGACAAAUUCAUUGGAAGAAACCCACUGGCGAACCAUUCGCGCAAAAAGGUAAUGUUAUGUUUUAGUAUCAUUUGAGGUUAUUCACAAUUUUAUUUGACAAAAUAAAUAUCUACCUUGAUAGUUUACUGUUCAAUGAAGGUAGAAUAAAGAUAUCUGAAAAUUUAUUUUACAAUAGUCCUCAAAUAAUACCUUGUAUAAAUAAUCUGACAGUGCUAAUUAAAUCAAGUAGAGUAUAUUAUAUGAACUAGCAUUUUAAGAAAUAUGGACUUGUAAAUAGAAAUAACGCGCAAUGUAUAUAGUUUUCGAAAAGAUUUUAGUUAUCAACUUAUCAUAAGUUCUUUUAUUAAGGACCCCUUUUUCACUGUUGUAUAGUUCUAUAAAGAUAUUAUAUUUUGAUUGUUUAAUUAUAUUUUUUUGAAAAAUGUUUAUUUUAUUUCUGAUCAAAACUCACAUAUAUAGCAUAUUUACCUACAAUUUUUAGGUGUAUUAUAAAAGAGAAUAGAAAAUAAAACAAUAAAUGCAGACAAAUUUUUAUUUAAGAAAAACUAUUAUCUAAUAUAGCCAAAAAACGCCGAAACAAUAGGCGGAACUACCGAGACAUCCAACAAUACCAUCAAUAUUUUACUAAUUUAUUAUUUUAUAUAGCCUAAUGUCUACUACUCCACACCAAACACUUGUAAUAUACAGAUAAAUCCUGCAUUAUUUUAAAUCAGAAUUUCGUUGAUGAUCAGGAAUAUUACACGGUGUUAUUAAUUAUUUUAAUCAUUAUAACUAAUAAGAGCAGUGCAGUAAUGUGCCAUUAGUCUGAGAGGUUCUUAUAAUAUUUUCAAAUGAACUAAAUAUAUUUUGCUACUAAAAUGUAAAUUAUAGUUCAUACUGAAUUGAAAUACAUGUUUUUGACCUAAUCUUUACAAUAUGUUAUAUUGACUAAGUAAAUAAAUCUUAACAGGCAUCUUUAAAGUUUGUGCUUGAAAUUGAGAUCUGUUAUACCUAUUUUAUCAUCAUGAAGUUGUAUAAUCUUUAGAACUAUAAGUUUAAUUAAAUAUAUACAUGAACAUUAAUAUUUUUGAAACAUUUACAUUUAAGGUUUAGAGUUUCUUAUUA